AUGGCUUUAGCCACAAGUAGAUCUUCUGUGUUCGAUCAAGGAUCUGUGGAGGUGAACCCGUUCACCGUUAAUACAUCGGACCGGUCUUCACCACCUACACAACUGUUCAUCGUUGCACCGGUUGAAGAAAAUACGUAUCCAGUGCUACUUUUUUGUCAUGGAUUUUGCAUCAACAACACUUGGUACUCUCAACUUCUGCAACAUAUAUCUUCCCAUGGUUACAUUGUUGUUGCACCUCAGUUUUACCAUUGUAUGUUAGUCUCCAUAACGAAAGAAAUCGAGAUAGCAGCCAAAGUAACUGACUGGCUAUCGACAGGCCUUCCACAAGUGCUGAAAGAAAAGGUCAAACCCGAUCUCUCCAAGCUUGCGCUAUCUGGCCAUAGCAGAGGUGGUAAGGUAGCAUUUGCCCUUGCAUUAGGCCAUGCCCCAACAAGUCUCGAAUUCUUGGCAAUACUAGGGAUCGACCCUGUUGACGGCUGGUCACCUUCCUCCCGGCCGGAACCCAAAAUCCUCACCUACGUCCCACACUCUUUCAAUCUUGAAAUUCCAAUUGGGAUAAUAGGUAUGGGCUUAGGGGACCAAUGGAAGGGCGUCAUCCCACCUUUUGCCCCAGACGGAGUCAACCACGCAGAGUUUUUUAACGAGAGUAAACCUCCUUGUUGUUACUUUCUUGCAAAGGAAUAUGGGCAUUGUGAUAUGUUGGAUGAAUCCAAGGCCUAUUUAGCAAGUUGGGUGUGUAAAAGUGGUGAGGGUUCAAAGGAAGACUUGAGAAGGGCUGUAGGAGGAAUUGUGGUUGCAUUUUUUAAUGCAUAUUUGGGAGAUGAAUCGAAGGAUCUUAAAGCCAAAUUUAAAAAGCCAAGUCUUAUAUAUUCUUCUUCUCUUUCUCCCAUUAUCGUAGAUGUGAAUAUGGAGAGCAGUGUAUCUUCUCAAUCUUCCAAAACCAUGUAUAUCUACUGCAUGAGAAUCCCAAUGACUGACAGGAGCAACGAAGAGCAAAUGAAGGUGCCCGAUACAGCUAGCGAUAACCCAGCUCCAGCAUCUGGCCCUGGUGCCGGUGCCAGAGACGGUGCAAAAUCAGCAUCCCGUGCCUUUACUGCAAAGGCUGCCAGAAAUAACACGAUGAAUAUGGUAACGGCCGCUCUUGAAAUUCCGAAAAUUGCCAUUUGA